UGGGCCGUUAAUAGGCUCUGUGAACAGGCCCUGCACCAUAAGGUUAGCAUUUUUAACCUAUUUUAAUUUCUUAUGAUAGAAGUUUAUAUUUAGGAAAAAAAGCCACUAUGACUUUAAAUUGACUUUGUUUUUGGUUUGGUUUUAAUGAAGCAGUAAAAAGAAACGGCAGUUUAUGAACCUUACAGGACGAUUAGCAUAGCUAGCUAACGGUAGCUAACGCGGUGGUAACGGUUAGCAGCAAGCUUAACGGUUAAUUGAUAUGCUAAUGGUUUACCGAAGCUUUAUUUAAAACUGUGUCUAACGUCGUCGAGUGGGUCAUUGUGAGGAUGGACAGCUUCAGAGUGCACCCAGAGAUAUAAAUGUCGGCGAAAUGUGGAGUGACGUGGUUCACCGGGCGGUCAGCGACGGUCCCGUGACCGGCGACCUGAGGACAGUGCGCAACCUGACGGCCGUGGAGAAGAGCUGCCAGGUGGCUCCUUAUUUCGGCACAGUCCAGAGAGACGUGCAGCCAUACAUGCGGAGGAUACUGGCAGUGUGGAUGUUUCAGGUGUGUGAGGAGCAGAAGUGUGAGGAGGAGGUGUUUCCGCUGGCGGUGCAUUACCUGGACUGUUACCUGAGCCGUCACCCCAUUGAAAAGUCCCACCUGCAGCUUUUGGGAUGUGUUUGUAUGUUCCUGGCCUCCAAAAUGAGAGAGACUGUGCCCCUGACUCCCAUCAAGCUAUGUAUCUACACAGACAACUCCAUCUCAGUGUCAGACCUCCUGCAGUGGGAGGUAGCAGUGGUGUCCAGGUUAGACUGGUGUCUGGCAUCUGUGGUACCCUCUGACUUCCUGGAGCCAAUUCUCCACACUCUCCCCUUUCUUCAGCCCCACCACUUCCCAAACAUGCGCAGGCAUGUUCACUCCUACAUCGCUCUGGCAGCCACUGACUGCAGGUUUUCAGUGUUCUUGCCCUCCACUGUUGUGUGUGCCUGUGUGAGCCUCGCCAUGCAGAGGCUAAAGUUAGUGGAUGCUGCCGUCUCCUCUGAUUUGGUGAUGACGUUUUUGGCUAACCUUUUGGUCAUUGAUCUGAGCUCCGUCCACCUCUGCUUUGAGCAGCUAGAGAAUGAGCUGGAGCUCAGCCUGCCCUCUUGUUUCAAGACUAAUGUUUGCACAUCAGGAGCACACAGCUCAGAGAUCAGCUACACCCCUGCUGACUUUCAGGAUGCUGUAUUGACACCAGUGACAUCACCCCUGGAAGUUAAGCUAAAAUACUCCUCCCUGACAUGAAUGGCUAGAAUGAACUGUAUAUUUACAGCCAUGGUGCAGAACAGGACGGCUAUAUACCAGGUGAACUGUGUCUAAAUGCCAGUUCAUCUUGUUCUUUGCAGGUUUAUUGUUUCGGUGAUCACUCCGCAGCGUAUAGAGCUGUUACAGUUUGAGAUUUUGUUUGUUGUUUGUAGAAUAUGAUUCAUGACACAUUAAAUGUUUUUGUGAUAUCGACUGAAUUCAA